AUAACAUGAAAGUAGCGGCUCUGCAACGCAACUAGUCUAAGAAUGCCAAUCACUUACCAGGCCGGAGGUUCCUGCUAAUCUCUUCCAAUUUCUCAUUGUCCUGCAGCUUCCUCCUCUCUUCCAGCUUCUCCAUCUUUGUCUCCAGCUCCAAGGAGGUCCAGACGUAAAUUUGGAAGUCUUGUUCGCUUCACUCUGUAUCUUCGAUUAGAUUACAAAAGAGAAAAGAGUAAAAAACCAUGUUUCUAGUAGACUGGUUCUACAGUGUUCUUGCUUCGCUCGGAUUAUGGCAAAAAGAGGCAAAGAUUUUGUUCCUGGGCCUCGAUAAUGCUGGUAAAACAACUUUGCUUCACAUGUUGAAAGACGAGAGGCUGGCUCAGCAUCAGCCGACCCAGUAUCCUACAUCGGAAGAGCUUAGUAUUGGGAAAAUUAAGUUCAAGGCGUUCGAUUUGGGGGGGCAUCAGAUAGCGCGCAGAGUAUGGAAGGAUUACUAUGCUAAGGUGGAUGCGGUGAUAUACCUGGUGGAUGCAUAUGACAAAGAAAGGUUUCCAGAAUCAAAAAAAGAAUUGGACGCCCUCCUUUCUGAUGAGUCUCUAGCCAAUGCCCCGUUUCUUAUUUUAGGAAACAAGAUUGACAUACCAUAUGCUGCCUCAGAAGAUGAGUUACGAUAUCAUUUUGGCCUGACCAAUUUCACCACAGGCAAGGGUAACAUAAAUCUUGCAGGUACAAACAUCCGUCCAUUAGAAGUAUUUAUGUGCAGCAUUGUUCGCAAAAUGGGUUACGGUGAUGGCUUCAAGUGGCUCUCUCAGUACAUCAAAUAGAGGAGUAGUCUGGUGGUUGCUUAUCAGAAGGCAUAUCAUGAAAUCCUGGAUUUCCACCACGAAACCUACCUUGUCCGGUGGCAUGGUGAAGCCGCUGUUAAUAUCCUGCUGUUUGUUCUGGGCUCUUCUUGGGGGGGGCUCCUUAGAUAUGAUGUCUCCGUGUUUUGCAUCUGUGUUGCAGGUUGUAUGGAUGUCAGUGCUCCAUAAAAUUUCCUCGUGGCAGUAGUAAUUUGUUCAUAAAUUUCAUAGCUUGCUACAUAUAGUCUCCUAUAUGGUUUAGCAGCCAGGUGGUGUGUAUUUUGGUUGGUGUAUGCAAUAGGGCAAUGUGAAAUAUAAAGUAGUGGAAAUAAAGUGUGUGUUUUGUAUAAACAUAUAUACUCGCAUUGUUUGCUGUAUAUAAUAGUUAGCACUUUGGCUGAUAAUUGAUAAAUGCUCUGUUCGUUACUGGUGAA